ACUCCCGCAUGCGCAGUGGCUGGAGUUUUGUUUGAAGUGAACUGCUGCCUGGGACUGCCCUACAAGCUGCAAAGUCGCCAAGCAUUUGAUUUGAACAGUAUAUUUGUCACAUUUCCUCCAUAUUGUUUGAGCGCCUCUAUGCAUCGCAGAGACGAUGUUAGGCCAUCACUAUCCGAACACCGACAAGUCGCAGCAACUGGUCAACUAUGUGGAGGAUUACCUGGAAUGUGUGGAGUCCCUGCCUUUGGACAUACAAAGAAAUGUUUCCCUGCUCCGAGAAAUCGAUGCAAAGUAUCAAGAGGUGCUGAAGGAGGUGGAUGAGGUCUUUGAGAAGUACAAAGGUGAGCAGGAUGCAGCUCAGAGGAAGCGUCUGCAGGUCCAGCUGCAGCGAGCACUUAUCAUCAGCCAGGAGCUCGGCGACGAGAAGAUCCACGUGGUGACCCAGAUGACGGAGCUGGUGGAGAACCGAUCCCGUCAGAUGGACUCGCACUCUCUGUGCAUGCAGGAGCUGAGCGAGGCUGAACGCCUCUCCACAGAGCGCCGCACCAGUAUCCAAGACUCUCCCGCUCCCGAACGCACCUCAGCUCGCCGUCCAAGACGACAGCGCAACAGCGAGAGCCGAGACUCUAACCACCCGUCUGCUAACGGCUCUCUGGUGGACGACCCCGUGGAGGAGCUGUCCAUCCCGCCUCCCCGAGAGAAGAAGUCCAAGUCUGCAAAGAAGAAGAAGCGUAAGGCCAAACAGGAGAGAGACGCCUCGCCGGUAGACUUCGCCAUCGACCCCAACGAGCCGACGUACUGUCUCUGUGAGCAGGUGUCGUACGGCGAGAUGAUCGGCUGCGACAACGACGGGUGCCCCAUCGAGUGGUUCCACUUCUCCUGCGUGGGGCUCACGUACAAACCCAAGGGGAAGUGGUUCUGCCCCAAAUGCAGGGGGGACAACGAAAAGACGAUGGACAAAAGCCUGGACAAAAACAGAAAGGAGCGCAGAUCCAGGUAGUGAUCCGCUCCGAGGGGUCAGACUGUCAGCCGUAGUGAAAACAGUUCUCGUGAAGUUAAAAGAGCACAAUCGAACUCUGUCAGUAGCAGCGCUUAUUAUUAAUCAAAGACCAGAUGUGAUUGCUGUGAUUGUUCCUGAGAAGCCUUCAGGGACUCCUACUGCUGCGAGAAUCAUCAGCUUCAAGCUGCCGUCCUCCUCAAGUGUUCUGCUUUCUGUGAGAUCUUUUAUUUCCACGCGAGGAAAGAAAACGAGCACGUCUUUUGAUUUCUCUGGAUGAGGUCCUAAUAAAAAUGAGAUUUUUUUUCCUCUUGAGUUUUCUUUGAAUGUUCUUUGAAAUCAGUGUCUGUCUCCGUGCAGUGGUGUUUCUAGAGAGCGAGCUACACAUGUUUACGUUUACAGAGAGAUGGUAUUUAAAGAGGAGAUGAUUGUUGAUGGGACACUGGAAUAAGACGUCAUUAUGUGGAUUCUUCUGUUCUCAAUGGUUCACUAUCACUAUUGUGUACAUUUCUUUUUAUAUUCAUUAAAACAAAGUAUAGUCA